AUGUUUGUUUUACACCUUGUGGUUACUCUGUGUUCAUCUCUGGAAAGAGCUCUGCUAGAGGAAGGAGAUAUAGAGCAUGCAACCCGCCUCUGCGGAACAAGGGAGGGCCCACUGGACUAUUUCUAUAGCUACUUUGUCAAGAAGGUGUUUAUGGGGAAGGAGAAGGAAGCCCUUCUUGACAUUGUGGAGUCCGACAACUAUGGAGAUGCCCGAAACAUUGUUCUAGGGAUAAUGUCCAUGGAGUCUGGAAAAACAAAUGAAAAGGCAAAGCUUGCAGCCGAUCUGCUUUGGAAUGUGGCAACAAAAGUUUCCAGAAGGUACCUGAAGAACCCUCAUGUAUUUCUUGCCACAGAGCCUUUUGGGAAGCUUGAGAGAAACUUCUUGUCGAAAAAGGGAGUGGAAAACAUUGUCACAAUGGUUUAUUCGGGAGACGACAUAUCUGCAAGGCUUUUUCUAUCGUUAUUGGACAACCGCAAGAUAUACAUUGGCGAUUAUGUCGAUGUGAUAGAGUUCCUUGCAAAAAACGAUCAUGCAAGAGCGUUUGGAUAUCUUGGGGAGAUAUAUUAUCAUGGGAUUCGGAUGAAGAAGUCUUUGGACGAAGCCAUGUACUUCUUCUCACGAGGGAGAGAGAUGCAGGACACGGUGGGGGCCUGCGGUGUUGGAAAGGUACUUAUGUCCGACGAGUACAGAGAUUACAAGAACGCAAAGUCUGCACUGUUGCUGGCAAACAAGCUUGGGCAGUCUGGAGAGGCCGAGUAUCUGAUGUAUCUACUUAUGAGUAGGAGGCCUGAGUACAUGCACAAGGCCAGCUCACACAUGGACUCUGCCCUUAUGUAUGGAUAUCUUCCGGCUAUAUGCAGGGAUGGAAUGAACUACUACACAAGCGGACAGUAUAUGAAUGCUUGCAUUCGGUUCCACCCAAUCAUCGAGUACUCGGACAUUGUAUACAAUCUGCGAAGAAGGGCAGAAGCCAGCUUUGUGUCUCGACGAUACAGACAAUGUGUGAUUGCAUUGCUCAUGUGUGCAGAACUUGGAUCUGUCUCCUCUAUGAGAAAUGCAGUAUACGUCCUUCAAAGGCAUUCGGUCUUCGAGAGGCAGAAGGAAAUGCUCUUUGGGCUAUACAUGAGACUCCUUUCGAAAGAAGAUAAGGAUGCUAUAAACAGGAUAGGGGAUGCCUAUUUUUACGGAGAGGGGGUUGAGAAGUCGUACAACGAUGCAUUCGCAUUCUACAUGUCUGCAGCUCUUACUGGAGAUCCCGAGGGAUACUACAAUGUCAGUUAUAUGUAUGAGCACGGGUAUGGAAUAAAAAAGAGCCUGUUGCUUGCCUUCAAGUACAUUCUGAAGAUCAGUCCCGGGGACGACACAUAUUUGCUCCUCUUGUACACACACAUCAGACUCUUUUCCAAGUUUGUUACCUAUCUCCUGUUUAACAAGUACUCGAUUUCUGUAUGGAUAGGAGCUCUGGUUGUAAGAAAGAUGUACAUAUCCAAAAGGAGCACAAAGGAUUUGAAGGACUGA